AUAUCAAACCACUACCUGUAUCAGACAGCCGAUACAGACACGUGUGUAUGUGUGUGUGAGUGUGUGUGUGUGUGUGUGAGUGUGAGAGAGAGAGCAGCACUGGUUGGUGAGAUCGCUUUAAUAGAGUAGUGAAUUUUUCUCCUCCCCCUUUCUCUUUCUCUCUCUCCCUCCUCAGUGGCUUCUCAGCCACCUGCACUCGUCCUCUCUCUUCUCUCCCUUUCUUUCUCCCUCUCUCUCUCUCUUCCUCCUUUUCUCUCCCUCCACCACUUACCCUCUACCUCCCUCUCUUCCUCUCUCUCUCUUUCUCUCUCUCUCUCUCUCUCUCUCUCUCUCUAUCUCUCUCUUUCUGUGGACGGGACAUCGUCUUUCCCCCUCGUUUUCUUCUCUUCUUCUUCUCUGGUGGUUUGGGAAUAUCUCUGGCAGCCAGUUCAUCCACGAGGCUCAUUCUCUUCCAGAACGGACUCUCAUCCCUCCGUUUCUCCGUUUUCCCAUCCCUCAAUCCUUCAAUCCCUCGUUCCCUCCCUCUUCUCGGGCACACAGCGGAUUUGUGUGGAUUUUACAGUGAAGCUUCAUGGGAAAACGACUGGAACAGCAGCAGUCAAUGUACCAGUACACCUACUACUACCCUCACUACCUCCAGACCAAGCACUCAUAUGCUCCGCCCCCACAUCCGAUGGCCCCGCCCAGUCCAGGCAGCACUAGCUGCAGCCAGAAUGGAGCAGAGCAGCUCAGUAAAACCAACCUCUACAUCCGGGGCCUUUCACCAGCCACCACUGACCAGGACCUCAUCAAACUAUGCCAACCGUUUGGGAAGAUUGUAUCGACGAAGGCCAUCCUGGACAAGAACACCAACCAGUGUAAAGGUUAUGGGUUUGUAGAUUUCGACAGUCCUGCUGCUGCUCAGAAAGCCGUAUCAUCCCUCAAAGCUACUGGAGUUCAGGCACAGAUGGCCAAGCAGGAGCAGGACCCCACUAAUCUGUAUAUCUCUAAUCUGCCGGUGGGGAUGGAUGAGCAGGAUCUGGAGGGGAUGCUGAAGCCGUUUGGUCAUGUGAUCUCCACACGGAUCCUGCGGGACGCUAACGGGGUCAGUCGAGGAGUCGGAUUCGCCAGGAUGGAGUCUACGGAAAAGUGUGAAGUAGUUAUUCAGCAUUUUAAUGGCAAAUAUCUGAAAACACCACCAGCAAUUCCAGCCCCUCCAGAGCCGUUGUUGUGUAAGUUUGCUGAUGGAGGACAAAAGAAGAAACAGACUCAGACCAAAUACUCACACAGCAGAGCGUGGAGCAGAGAUGGAGAGACCGGAGUGACAUUAACAUACGAUCCUGCAACUAUGCAGAAUGGGUUUUAUUCUUCUCCAUACAGUUUUUCUUCUAACAGAAUGAUCGCCCAAACCUCCAUCACGCCUUUCAUCACUGCCUCACCCGUCUCCACAUAUCAGGUCCAGAGCACAUCAUGGAUGCCCCAUCAGCAGUACGUUAUGCAACCGACUGGAACAGUGAUCACUCCAUCAUUGGAGCACAGCACUGUCUCCAUGCAGCCUGCACACUUGAUAUCUCCUCUAACACAGCAGAUGAACCACUUAACACUGGGCUCUACCGCUAGUUAUAUGACGACUGCAGCCACUGUGGCUCCUAUGCAAGGAACAUACAUUCCACAAUACACUCCAGUGCCUCCAUCUGCUGUAUCUGUAGAGGGCGUGGUGACAGACACAUCAUCACAGACAUCACAGGAUAUCAACACACCACAGCAACAGAUCACCGUGGAGACCAGCGACCACCUCCCACCAUACUCCUACCAGUCUAAAUAGCGUGUGGAGCAGGGGAAUGUACCGGCCACAGAGUUGCCUUUCCUGGGCGUCAGAGCCGAGACCAACUGGACUGGUUUCCAGUUCAUGAACUCAGACAAAGCAGGACUACGGAGGAAAUGGGGGCGGAGUCUGUGUUUCAUCAUGUGACCACAUCGUCGGAUUGAGCUGGAGUUUUUAUAAAAACUAAAAUAAAAAUAAUAUUGCAAAAAAUGAUAAAAAUGUUGUACACAGUAGAUGAAGCUUAUUUUUUAAACUUAGUAGAAAAAGUUAAAAGUUAAAACAGAUUAAACGUCUUCCUCAGAAAUGAAGCUACACUCACUUUUAACUCGUCUUACGUUGCUUACAGUUCUGGUUUUAUAGAGAUUUACGAUUUAAAAAACUGUUUUCUCGUCUUUGUUGCCUUAAUUUUGAAGGUUACAGCUGUUUUUAGUUCGGCCUGGUUGUGUCGUGUUCUAUUGUUCUUCACUAAAAGAGAGAUUAAAACAGAUCCGAGAGAAAUUACAUCUUAAAAACGCUGUACAGAUUUAUCAGAGGAUUUCUCCUCUUUAUCUGAAGAAAACGUUGGACGCUGUGAUGUGAUGAUGAUGUUGUGAUUGAAUGUUAAGGAGGAAGAAGACUCUCAUUCGGGACUGCAGUAUGUCUGUGCUUCAAUGAGAUUUUAAAAAUGAUUUUAAGUGGUUUCUUUUUACUUUUAGGGGAAAAAUGCUGCAAUAUAUAUAUUUUUUUUAUUUCGUUGUCUUUACAAUGAUAUUUUUGUUGUUUCACUGUAUGAAAUUGUCUUUUAUUUUUUAGCUUGCUUAGCUUAAAAUACUCCAUAACAAAAGAGAAGGUAGGAAAUAUCCAGUAUGUAUUAAAAACUUGACCAAAAUCAGUAGUACAUGUACAAAAGUGGAGAGUGGAGCACAAACUAACUCUAACCAGGAUAAAGUACAGCUUCUAAACAUGGUGGAGGUAGUUACAUUAUCUAUAACUCACAGUGAGAGCUAACCAGGAUAAAGUACAGCUUCUAAACAUGGUGGAGGUAGUUACAUUAUCUACAACUCACAGUGAGAGCUAGCCAGGAUAAAGUACAGCUUCUAAACAUGGUGGAGUUAGUUACAUUAUCUAUAACUCACAGUGAGAGCUAACCAGGAUAAAGUACAGCUUCUAAACAUGGUGGAGGUAGUUACAUUAUCUAUAACUCACAGUGAGAGCUAGCCAGGAUAAAGUACAGCUUCUAAACAUGGUGGAGGUAGUUACAUUAUCUAUAACUCACAGUGAGAGAUAACCAGGAUAAAGUACAGCUUCUAAACAUGUUCUGAUUCCUCCCCAAGACUACGGUUGGUCUUAAUUGCAACUUUAAUUGUUUGAUUGGUUCUAAUGUCCAUCUCUUUAGUUCUAAAACCUAACCCAUUACUUCGAUUGGUUUUAGUCUUCAUCAUAUCUGUUCUGAGACCUCCCCAACACUGCGAUUGGUUCAAACUGUUACCAUGUUUGUUAUGAUUGAUUUUCUCCUUGAUUUUAAUUGGUCCUAUUGAUCAUUUGGUUGUUUUUUAAGUCAUUUUCUUUACCAUAAUUGGUCCUAAUCUCGACCAUGUUUCUUGUAAGAGCUCCUCAUGGCAGUAAUUGGUCUAAAUUGUUAUUUGUUCAAGUACAACUGGUUAAUUUUUAGAGGCUUUCCAGGACAGCAACUGGUCUAAAUUUCCACCAUGUUUCUACUUAUUUUUUGCUUUUAUUGAGACAUGUUUAUUUUCAACUGCUGCAUUUGUAAAAAAGAAUUUUAUUUCUAAUUUUCUCCCGUUUUAUCUGGCCAAAUGUACCACCCAUUCAGCUCGCUGCACUCGGUUCUGAUACAUCAGCUCACAGACGCAGCCUUGUGCUGAUCCACAUCACCCUAGGAGUGAUGAGGGGAAAGAGAGAGCGCCAUCUACUGUACCCACGCAGAGAGAGAGCAAGACCAACUGUGCUCUCUCAGGGCUCCAGCAGCUGAUGGCAAGCUGCAAAUAGCUAUUUUAUUAAACGCGAGGUGACGAAACUCAGAGAUGUGCAUCCGGGCGGGACUAAAAUUACUAGAGGACCUCGAUUACAGGAGUUCAGCGAAAAACAGUAGAUAAUUCAGCCUGUAAUUUUUAGUUUUUUUAUCUCAGAGGACGUCUAAGAAAAACACAUACAUGGAAAUAAAAUCAGUGAGAUUAUAAAAUCACCCCCUGAGAUCAUUAAAGAGAAAAUUACAGUAAACCUUGUAUUUAUAAUGCCUUAUGAAUGCAUUCAUAGUGCAUUAUAUGACAUGCAUAAUACCUUAUAAUGACUGUAAUAAGCCUGUAUAAUAACUU